AUGUCCUUCUUCAGCAGGAAGAAGCAUACUCAGCAGCAGUCCAGCACUUCAGGUGCUCAAUCACCGCCGGCCGUGGCUCCCAUCUCUCAGGUCCAACAGCCCCCUGCAAGCCAACAGCAGUCGCAGAGGCAGCUAUCAAAGGAGACUAGUUACGACAGUGGUCUCAACGGUCGCGGCAGCCCUUCUCCUGCUGCGAAUGGCAUUCAACCGGGCAUUUCCCAGCAAGUCCAACGCCCUGUUAACGGUCAACCCCCACCACAAGGGACCAACAGUACCAAUCCCGCCCCCAGCUCCCACCAGAAUGGCCAGCAAGGCCAGUCGCAACAGCGGCCAGCAUUCCCAUGGUCCCAGCGUCGACUGCAACUUCCUCCCCCCGUCACCAUCCCUAAACCUGGCGUCGCGCCCCCCACAUCCCCUUCCCCGUCGCCAUUCCCGCGGUACGGCCAUGCACUUCCCGUCAAUGCCACGACCUCGGGUGAGCUCUUCCUCUUCGGUGGACUCGUGCGAGAGACUGUGCGGAACGACCUCUACCUCCUCUCAACACGAGACCUAUCUGCGACGCUGCUCCAAACGACGGGCGAGAUCCCCUCGCCCCGUGUCGGUCAUGCCAGCGCUCUCGUCGGGAGCGUGCUGAUCGUUUGGGGUGGGGACACGAAGACGAGCUCCAAGUCAAAACCCGGCGAUAAGCAGGACGACGGCUUGUAUCUGCUCAACUUAGUUUCUCGUGAGUGGACGAGGGUCGCCGUGUAUGGCCCGUCCCCCGUGGGCCGCUACGGCCACGCUGUCACGAUGGUCGGUUCCAAGUUCUACGUGUUCGGUGGCCAGGUCGAUGGGGAGUUUCUUAACGACCUCUGGUCUUUUGAUCUCAACUCACUGAGGACAAGGGCAACCUGGGAGCUUGUGGAGCCUGUGGAGGGCUCACCGCGUCCGCCAAAGCGAACAAGUCAUAUCUGUGUCACAUUUGGGGACCAGAUCAUUCUCUUCGGUGGAACGGACUGCCAAUACCAUUAUAACGACACCUGGUCGUUCGACACCAACACAAGGACAUGGGCGGAGCUGACAUGCAUUGGAUUCAUCCCUUCACCUCGAGAGGGUCAUUCCGCCGCCAUUGUGGACGAUGUCAUCUAUGUAUUUGGAGGUCGCGGUGUCGAUGGGAAGGAUUUGGGUGAUCUCGGUGCAUUUAAGGUUUCGAACCAGCGCUGGUACAUGUUCCAGAAGAUGGGUCCUGCUCCUACGCCACGCUCUGGGCACGCCAUGGCCUCCAUGGGGUCGCGAGUGUUUGUCUUAGGUGGUCUCGGCGGCGAGUCUCUCAACCCCCAAAAGCCUGAGGAUCCACUAAUGAUACAUGUACUGGAUACGAAGCACAUCAAGUAUCCAGACUCGAGCAAGCCACCCCCGGUGGCUGCGAAUGGACGCAAAUCAAUUGCGGCUCAGCCUCAAGCCGUGCAGCGCCCAAGCUCCGAGCACCCUCGUGAUGAGUCACCGAACCUUGUAUCCGAUAGUGACGAGGCUCGCCGCAUCGUCUCGCCUGCCGGCCGCCAGCAGGUGACGAAUGGAGUCUCGACGCAAUACAACAAGGGCAAGGGCAAGGCUCUAGAGGGCGAUGGGGAAAGCAGUCCCGAGACCAACGAGCCCGUCUUACGCGAACGUGCCGUUUCCCCUGACGGAGGCCGUGCGAAGAGUCCCCCCAUGAUUGCCAGUCGCGCAGUGUCUCCGGCGCAGAUGAACGACGUCUACGACCCUGCAGGGCCGCCGGCGAGUCUUGCUAGUGUUAUCAUGGCUCGCAAUGGCGCAACCGGUGCACGAAGUCCUUCCCCCAAUGUCGAUCGCAAGAACUCGAACGAGGCGUUCUACAAGCCAGCGUCGCCUACGAUGAACGGUUUCGCCAAGCCUGGUUCGACUGGCAACAUUACCGCUGACCUGAUCCGUGACCUGAAGGACAAGGAGGUCGAGGUCGAGGCGCUCAAGAAGAAGGAGGCUUGGAUGAAGGCUGCCCUUCUGAAGGCCGAGCGCGCCGGGUUCAUCUACGCGGAGACCGAAGAAGAGCUCUCUUCACGUGCGGACGAUGACGACAUUGACGGCCGGAAGGUCACCGAGAUGGUGAUCAGCCUCAAGCAGCUCAAGGCAAAGAUCCAGGCUUCCGUCACGGAACGCGCAAGAGAAGCGUCGGAACGGGUACAAGAGGCGGAGCGGGUACGAGCAAGUGCUGUGCAAGAAGCCGCUUUCUACCGAGCGAAACUUGCCGCACUGGAGUCCGCUUCGGAAACCGAGAUUGCCAAGGUUGAGCACGCACGCUCUGCCGAUCUUGAGCGUCAAUUGUCGCUCGCGCUUGCCAAUAAGGAAGACCGCGACCACAAGAUCAAGGAGCUCAGUGACACCAUGUCGCUGCAGACGACCCUCCUCGAGCAGGCUGAAGCCCGGGCCGACGAUGCAUCGCGACGCGCGGACACCAUAUCGCAGUCGUACGAACAGGCCUCUGGCGCGGAGAGGAAGCUUCGGGAAGAUAACGCACUUUUGGAGACCAAGCUACGUGACACGACCGACAAGCUCAUGGCACAGACCUCUCUCGUUGAGCAGCAAGAGGCGGAUUAUAUCAAGGCCUCCACCCAGACACGGGCCGCAGUCACCGCAGCCUCUGCCCGUGCGGAAGAAGUCGACGCCCAGUACGCUCGCGCUCGCGAGCAUGUCAGCCAGCUCGAGGCCGACGUCGCGGACCUCCGUGGUGAGCUCGAGGCUCGGACGUCAGAGAUCGAGGCCGCUCGCGUUCGCAUCACGGACGUCGAGAACUUCUGGGCGAAGUCGCGGGAGGAGGCGGACCACUUCCGUGCACUGACCACCGGCAGCUUGGGCAAGCUCCUCGACUCCCACAACGAGCUCCGCAGCGACGAGACUCGCCUCACUCGCGGGUACACGGAGAAAGUGGCCGCGCUCCAGAACGAAGUUAACUCGCUCCGCGACAUGCUCAAGGACGCCAACCAGCGUGCCGAGGAGACUCAGGAAGAUAUUUCCAAGGAGCGCCGCAAGCUUCGCGAAGCCGAGACCGAACGCUCUCCCUUCGUUCGCAGCGGCCGUAUUCGCAAGGAGCUCGCCUCGAAGGACGCAGAGCUGCAGGGCAAGCACAAGGAAGUAACGGCCCAUUCGAUGCGCCUCGAUGCGAUGCGUUCCUACCUCGCCGCUCAGGGCAUCGUCGUCGAGGACGAGCACGGCAAUCCCCUCCGUGCCGACGACGUCACCACCGCUCGCGUCCAGGAGCUCGAAGGCCACCUCUCUGAGCGCAUCCGCGCGCACGAGAUCGUCGAACGGGAGCUGCAGACGCUGCUCACGCAGAAGCAGGACUCGGACGCUCAGGUCGAGUCUCUCUCUGCCCAACUCGACCGCCUCCGCGCGCAGACCCCUCCCCAUCGCAAUGGCGACGCCAACAACGAUGUCGUGGUUGCAGAGCUGCGGAAGGAGCUGGAGGAGACGGAGAGCUCGUACAAGGCUCGCUUGCAGCAGCUCGAAGAGGAUUAUCAGCUUGCGGUUCAUUACGUAAAGGCGACCGAAAAGACCAUGCGCAAGAUGAAGGACGAGCUCAGCAAACAAAAGAACCUCAACCAGAGCAUGCAAGCAGAGAUGGACCGCGGUUCACCUAGCAUGAGGCUACGUGGCUUGAACGGGCGGGGCACGCCAUCGUCCGACGAGGGCAAUGAGUUCCUCCGCAACCAGCUCCAGGACGCUCAGAGUCAAGUCCGGCGCCUCAACGCUGACAACAAAGAGCUUCGGUCGCGUAUCGACACCCUCGAGCAAGACCUCGAGCACAUGCGCGACAACGUCAUCGCCUCCCAACGAGACUCGGAGGACCGCCUGGCGCGCAUCGACGAGCUGGAACAGGACAUCGAACGCCUGCAGGGUUCUCUCACCAUCGCCCGCGGCGGCCGCGAGGAUUCGCUCUUCGAGCAGCUCAACGCGGAGAACGCGACUCUCAAGCACGAGAACGAGCAGUUGUCGCACAAAAUCGAGCUCCUGCUCGGCGUCGACCAGCCCGAUUUCGGUCACGGGCGCCCCGUGUCUGGCUUCUCGGAGCGCCGCACAAGCACAUCGAGCUCGGAGAACGCCAUGGCGUUUGAGCACCUCUCGAGCGAGCUGGACGACUGGCAGCGGCAGCUCGCCAGCUCCAUGAGCAAUCAUCGCAGGCCGGCCCUUGAUUACGAUUCACAACCUUCGCUCGGUCAUGAACGAGUACGAUCGCGUUCAUGA